AUGGCCCAGAUAGUGUCUGAUGGUAGUAGGACUGACAAGUGCUUCAAGGAUAAGUAUAUGAACUAUGUGGCAAAGGCUCGUAAGGAGUACUGUGGUGAAGCUAUGAGCCAUACUCAAGUGUACAAUCACUUGAGGAAGUGGAGGCAGAAGUGGGCUAGGGUUGUGAAGUUGAAGGACCUUAGUGGUGCACUGUUUGAUCAUGAUGUCAAUGCCAUAAUGCUGGAAUCUGAGCACUACCUAGGCCACUUCAAGGACCAUCCUAAGGAUGUUGAAUUCCUCAACACCCCAAUCAGGUUCUACACUGAGAUGGAGACCAUAUUUGGUAGUUCUAUGGCCACUGUUAGAGAGACUAGGCCUAUACAUGUGGAUCCUGACCUCUAUCUUGCAGUCAUGGAGAUGCAAGGCUUUACUAAUGAAGCUCUCAUUGUUGUCUUCACCUACCUUUCGGAAAACAAGGCCUUUGUCAAGGGCUUUGUGAGCAUGUCGACAACCAUAGGGACAUUUUACUGA